AUGUCUACCUUCAUAAUGAAAGUUGCAAUUGUCACCGGUGCUUCCUCUGGGCUUGGUCGAGCGAUUGCCAUCGCGUACGCCAAGCAAGGAUGGAAAGUAGCUUGCAGUGACCUCCACCACAGUCCACCACAAGGAGAGUCUCUGUCGACUGUGGAAGUCAUCCAACAGACUUGCAGCAAUCAGGCUGCAUAUAUUCACACUGACGUUUCCAGCUCCGAGAGUGUCCAGAACCUCAUCUCCACGACAGUAUCCCUGUUUGGCCGCCUCGAUGUGAUGGUCAACAACGCCGGCAUUGCCCUCGAAUCCUACAAUAAUCUGGGUCCGAGACCAAUUCACGAGACUGAUGAAUCGACUUUUGAUAAGACAAUUGCCGUCAAUCUUCGUUCAGUAUUCCUGGGCUGCAAGUACGCUAUACGCCAGUUUCACGCCCAAGAGCCACUAUUCGGAAAUCACCGGGGGUGGAUAAUCAACACGGCAUCGGUGUUUGGUUUGAAACCUCAGGCUGGUCACGUAUCAUACGCAACAAGCAAAGCUGGCGUUGUGCAUCUGACCAAGUGCUUGGCCAGAGAGCAAGGACCCUACAAGAUUCACUGCAAUGCGAUAUGUCCUGGAUUUGUUAAAACCGCCAUGGACAGCCAGAUGCUAGAGGACAAGCAAAUGGGACCCGACACAGUCGCUGUGCACCCAUGGGGAGAGUUGGGGCUGCCCGAGGACAUCGCCAAGGCUGCGGUUUGGUUAGCCAGUGACGAAGCAGCUUGGGUGACUGGCGUUGCCUUACCAGUUGAUGGGGGAUAUAUGACGGCAUAA